GCGCGCACCGCCAUCGCCACCGAGCUUCUUCUCCCUCGCUCUAAUGGAGCUCCUUCUCCUUCACAAGCUCGAGCGCGAUCUCGCCCUCUUCUCCGGCGAGCAAUCCAUUCUCCAAUCUCUCUCCACUGCUCGAUCGCUUCUCUCGAACCCUCACUCAUCCGACGCCACUCGCCGCACCGUCCUCGAUUCCGUUAUCCGGUUCCUUGAUGCCCACCGGGACAGAGACCCAACCAUCCUUCGUCAUGCCCUGAUCCUUCUCGGCGUUCCGGUAUCCUUCCGUCAUCCUUCCCUCCCUUCCCUUCUCCGCUCCUUCCUGGCCUCCGGCGAGCAUAUCGCCGCUGAUGCUCUUGCGGUUCUUGUUUCCGUUGCGAAGAACUUCGAUGGAGGUGACGGAGAAGGUGGACUCUCCUUUAUUGGGUCGGUGCUGGAUGAGAAGCUAGUGCUUUCGCUGGCCUCGACGAGGUUCGUAUCAGUUAGAGGACGGUUGCUCUCCGUGUUGGUGCUGAGAUUGGAUGGAAGUAGGGUUUAUAGCUUACUUCGGCCUCGUGUUGUGAUCCAGUUGUUUCUUGGACUGGCGGAGGACCUCUAUCCGUCAAUUCGGCGAACUUCGAUCGAUGGGUUGACUGCAUUGUGUGAAGAUGAGGUGCUUAGUGAUAAGAUUACGUUGUUAGAGUGCUGCUAUAACCGUGGGGUGGCCCUUCUUGAGGAUGACGAUGAAAAUGUGAGGGUAGCUGCGAUUCAAUUGGUUUGUGAGUGUGGGCGUGUUUUUGGAGCAAAAAAAGUUGAAGUGGAUGGUAAUGAGCGAAUCAAUAUGAUUUUUGCACAGCUCUGUUCAUUGGCUAGAGAUAUGAGUAUGAAGGUUAGAGUUGAAGCUUUUGUGGCUCUUGGAAAGAUAAAGCUGGUUUCUGAGAGUGUGCUCUUACAGUCCUUAUCGAAGAAAGUUUUUGGAGCCAAAGGUGGCAAGAAAAUUCUUUCUGAUAGUUCUUCCAUUGAAUAUAAAUUCUCAUUAUCACGUGCAGCUGGAGCUUUCAUCCAUGGGAUUGAGGAUGAAUUCUACCAGGUGCGGGUAGCUGCUUCUAAUUCAUUGGGGAUGCUGGCGGUUUUGUCUGUCCAGUUUGCUGAUGAUGCUCUGAAUUUACUGGUGUACAUGUUGAAUGAUGAUGUGACAAUUGUUCGGCUGCAAACACUACAGUCGUUGGUCCGUAUGGCAACAUGUAGACGCCUUAAAUUUCAAGAAAAACACAUGCACAUGUUCCUCGGUUUGUUAGCUGAUAAUAGUGUCCUAAUCAGACCUGUUGCAAGAAAAGUUCUCCAACUAGUGAAGCUACCCACACGGGAGACAUUUCAGUCCACAGUUGAUGCUCUUGUGACAAAUUUAGAGGCUUAUCCAGAGGAGGAAGAAGAUAUUUUCCUGGCUGUAUUUUUCCUUGGUAAAAACCAUGGAAAGUUUGUCUCCAAGUUAGUUGAAGAGUUUGUAGAAAAGAUAGUACCAUCUAGUGCGGGGGAUCUCAGCUUGGAUAGUCCUCAGGUGGCAUUGUUCUUAAUGCUGACUGUCUCUUUAUGUUUUCUGCACAAAAAGCUUACUAGUGAUGUCCCCACUGCAAUAUUUUCUUAUGCGAUAACUAUAUUUGGAAGGAUCUCUCGCUCAUUGCAAGGGAUCAUUGACCGAGAUGCGCUUUUGGCUUACCUAUUUCAUCGCUGCCAUAUGCGUUACUCAUUCACACAAUUGGAAUUUAAAGAGGAUGAACUAUUACCACUUACUAUUGAAAGGAACUAUUCCGGACAACAGGAAGCAUGGUGACAAACAUCCAGCGCCCUUUUGCCCAUUUCUUGUGAUGAAAGCAGGUUCGGUGUAAACCUUAAAUCAAAGCCCACUGAGUCAUUUCAGCUGUGUGAGGAACUGAGGCAUUCUGUAAAGCUUAUUCUGCAAAGGGUUGCAGAAACAUGGCCAUUGAUACAGUCAGGACAUGUGACAGAAGUGAAAAGAGCAUUAAGUGCUUGCAGAGAAGAACUUGAAAUGGUUUCAUCAAAUGCCUAUGAAUCAGACACUGCUUCAUUAGUCUUUGUUUCACACUAUGUUCUGGCAAUCUGUUUGCUCGCUGAAAUAUGGGGUCAACUAUCUCCAAGAACCUUUGGAGUUGGCAAAGUUAUGUUGGAUUGUACAUUGGAUAAGUUGGAUGCAUGUCUAAGGAGAAUGAGAUAUGGGUUUCCAGGGUUAUGCAAGGAAGAGGACUCCCAUAUUUUAGAGCUAAUGGCACUUUGUUGUGUUCUCAGAUUCUCUAAGAAUGGUAUAUGCUCACAUCAUGUUUUUAAAAAAUUGCAAGGUGUCAUUUCCCGUUUGGAACUUCUCUAUGAAGGUGGCUCAUGUACGAUGUCCAAAUUUACAGAUCAGCUUAAGAAGAUCUGUACAGAAGGGAGCCUAAGCAUUGUGUCCAAGCCCUUUCUUGUCCAUAGUUUACUUGAACUCUUCAACCUUGAUUUGUUACCAUUCACUGGACAAUUUGAACAUGCCAAAGCAGAAUUGCAGGCCAUCGGUAAUGAUUCUGAAAAUCCUUUGCCCUUCAUUUCGGGACUGCCUGUUGGUAUCACUUUUCAAAUCCGUUUGUUCAAUAUUUCUGACAGUGGUAGAUUGUGGCUGCAAAUAGCUAUUGGUGAGUUAAUCCAAUAUGUAUUUCUGGAUUUAUGCCAAUUUGGAAGUGGCAAAAUGAGAGAGUGCACUGUUAACACACCAUUUUAUUCAACUCCUAAUGCAUCAUCCUGUCUACUAAAAGCCUGCAUAGUUAUGGAAUGCCCAUAUGAAGAUACCUUUGAUGCGCGGAAAGAUCAAGGUGGACCCAAAUCUGAGAUUUUGUUUCUAUGUGACAAGAAGGAUGUUUAUUUGGUUGAAAUAAAAAAUGAAGAGCAGAAGAAUUGUCCUCAUAAACUAAAAUGAUAUUCUGAAUUACGAUGGAAGGAAACUGGAUGACUAAUGUGAGGAUCCUUCUCUCAACCUUCAUUGCCACCGUAAGUGUUCCCAAUCUAGAAUGCUUACAUUGGAGGAGGAGAUUGCACCAUCCAGCACAAGUUGGCUGGACUAAUGAAGAAGAUCAGACAGUUGGGUGGUGUUCUUGUAUCAUAACGGUCCCCUACAAUUGUGUUUUCUUACAUGUUGAGUAAUCAAUUGCCAAGUAAUCUAAAAAUUCAAAUGAAGAUCUGAAGGACACAUCAUCGAAGAAGGGGUUCUUGUAUUGCUAAACUGAAGAAUUUUAUAUAGGAAGAGGAAUGAUUCUUAAUGAAGGUUAAAUUUUGGUGCAAUGCAGCCGCGUAGCAGGACCUAUAAUCAAAUUAUAUGCAAGUCAACUGUCUGCUGAUGAAUUUAAGUAUUUCCUAAGUUCCAUGUGAGACUGCAACAACAAAUUGUGACUGGCAUGUUUAUGAAUAAGUGGCGGUUGUUGCCGGCAAAGCUGAGCAUGUUGCAAUUGAACACACAUAUAGACCAGAUUCCAAACUAUUUCCUAUUUGGUGACAAAGCUGCACACCCACAUCUUGCUCUUUGUUUUCCCAAUAUUCAGAUAUGUGAAUCCAAUGUACAUUGUCAGUCCUUGUUUAUUAAUCGGUUUAUGCCAUCUUCUUUAUUACCCCAUUUUUCAGCUUAUUGCUCCUUUUUCAGCUUAAUUAUGGGGUACACAGAUAUGGUACUUUUUUUUUAUUUGGGUGAUUUCCAUACUUGUAUUAAUACCAUGCACGGUGUGUGUACCUAAGAUGACAACAGUUCCAUUCUUCUGAGGCUCUUAUCCUCUGGCAUCAUGAUUCACACAAAAGUUGUUCUACUUUUGUCUGUUGGUCAUUAUAUCCUCUAGGAGACUUCUUGAACUUGUAGCAUGGACAAUAGUUGUUGGAAAGCAAAGCCUCAUGAUUCUUACAGCAUGCAAUUGGCUAAUCCAACCUAGCAAUCUUCUGGAUCCACUGAACUUAAAUUGUAACUUGAUUGAUUUAUAUGAUGAGUGUCAUUUCUGAUCAUUUUUUUUUCUUUUUGAAAUUGUUUCAGGUGAAUGAAGCUGGUGAAAAAGGUUUGGACAAUAUAUUAUCAGCAUUUCUUCAAAAUGCACGAGUACAAAAGACUGGAAGGAGAGGAGAGAAAAGAAAGCUGUGACCAUGACUUCUGGUUGCAUGAACUCAGUAAGCUGCAUGGACGCACAAGCACCGGUGAGAGCCACGUAUGUGAACCUCUACAAAUGGCCAGAGUCUGAUGCAGAGUUUGUGAAGUCAGUGACCAAAGAAAAGAAAGAUAGAGGGAAUGCAACUCAUAACCAGGUUCGCCUUAGCCGCACUGACAGUGGCCGGAGAAGGUUAACUCAGAGCCCUGGGGUUGUAGACAGCUACUCAUGCAGACAAAUGUAUCUGAGGAGCUACACCUUCUCGAAAAAAGAAACAGUUCCAGAGAAGACCAAGAAGUGUUUGGCAAAGGUGAAAGAGAGAGCAUCUCUGUUUGCAAAGGAUACAAGUAGCAAUGCUAGUGUCAGUAGUUAUGGUUCAAGGAAGAGCAAUACUAAUACUAAGAAAGGGAAUAAUAAGAAGAAGAAGAAUAAAAAGAUGAAGAAGAAGAAGGGAUGUGUUGCAAUGGUGAAGAGGAUCAAAGAUGCUUCUUGCUCUGCUUUCUUUUCAUUGUUUCGCCGUCUUCUUUCUUGCACCACCACUGUUGAUGUUAUUGAUAAUCGCCCUUCUCAGUGAAGCAAUAUUGAAUGGUUUUGUUCUUCUGU